UAUUAUCAUGAGAAUACACUACUUGUACAGUCAUAAAUGUAUAGAUCUAGUCGUUUGUAGCUAUAGCAUCUUUGUUCAAAGUUAAUUCACAAUGCUUAUCAAAUUGUGCUUGUUGAGUCAUCUGCUAUUGACAGCUUUUGCAGCCAAGACCCCUCUCCACUUACUGGCAUUGGUACCUCUGGGUCAGGGCUCAGCUCAAGAUUGUGUAGACAGAGGGAGGGAGCUACUCACUGCUGCUCAUCUAGCUGCAGAGAUUGCAAACAAUAAUAUCCUUACAGAAUAUCAACUGGAGAUAGUGCCAGUGGAGACGUCGAGAUGCAGUAAUGACAGCUUCUCGCUAACACUAGCUAACUUUGUGGCAGGACUAACAAGUAGAUCUCGCACUGUUGUUGGAGUGGUGGGAAUGAUGUGUUCCUCAGCCGUACUCAGUGUGUCCCCUCUGGCCUCACACGAUGGGAUCGAUAUCCUACAGAUAACCUCUGGCACUGUGUCCCCACUCAGUAUAGCUAAUGCCAGGGAGAAAGUACAAAUUGACAGACUGUAUCAGACUGCAUCACCAUCGACUGUAUUCAACGAUAAACUGAUUCGCUUGAUUAACCAAAACAAUGUAACCAGACUGGCCGUCAUUAGACACAUUGGAACAUUCUUUAUUGAACAUGACAUCAUUUCUACGGACCUCCAUACAAAGUUGGGGAACAGAGUAAAUAUCACCGAUUUUGAGAUUCAAUUUGACACCACACAAGUUCCGAGAAUAUUAGACUCAAUUGUAAGCAAUAGUGACGGUAUUCGUAUGAUCUAUGCUUCAGUAACUAUCGAAGAGGCUAGAGAGCUGCUGUGCAAUUCACUGAGCUCUGAAAGAGGAGCAGAGGUUGUGUAUCCACGUAACCAAUGGAUAUUCCACAGUCACACGUAUGAGGACCUUGUUGAGCCGAUCAGCACUUGCAAUGAGACUGAGAUGAGGCGAGCUCUAGUGGGUGUUAUCUUGUUGCAGCACUCGGACAGAGAUGAGAGCAAUAGUGCUAUCAUCCUCUCACACACCAACUACACUUAUAGCAGCUACUUGGAGAGAUACAGACAAGAACUGAAUAAUGAUAAUAACAGUCUGUGUGAUAAAAACCCCGGGAUUAUUCAUGCCAACGCUUUGUACGAUUCUGUGUUGGCAUUUGCUCUAGCUAUCAACAACUCAAUGCUCAACCAAGCACAACUAAGUGGCUAUAGUUUUCGGAACUCUACCAGGGAAUCAAAGACAUUUGUUACUGAAACACUGAAGAAAGAACUAGAUAAGUUGCCCCCAUUUCAUGGAGCAAGUGGACUUGUUAGUUUCAACAGUGAAACUCACGGAGUCUCUCGAACCACAUCUGUACGUGUUGUUGUUGUUGUAGAUAAUAACACUGAGUUACCUUUGAUGCUAGGAACCUUCUCAUCCAAAGAUAACAAAAUACACUAUGCACUUCCUAUUGCUACUAUGGCUCUGGUGUUGAUACUAGUGCUGGUCCACACAACUACUUUAUUGCUAUUUGGCUACUAUUGGAGUGAUCCGGACAUCAAAGCCACCAGUCCAGGGCUGGGUCUGAUCAUGUUUGCGGCUUGCUACAUGCUCGACAUAUCACUGCUACUCACUGCACUUAGAUACAGUUAUGCCACAAAUGAACAGUUUGUGGUAUUCUGUGUGCUGGAAAAUUGGCUCCUUUUUAUUGGUAUUCAGCUGAUCUUUGCAACUUUGUUGAUGCGACUACUUCGCGUCCAACGAAUUUUUUUCCAUUACUCUAAACUGGGGAAGGUGUGGAGUGACUACUCCAUGCUAUUGGCUAUCCUAGUCUUUGUUUCCAUUGCUGUCAUCAUCCUCACCUUCUGGAUGGCUAUUGACACUCCAACACUGGGCAUACAGACCACCUUUGUGAGUGCUACACAGACGCCAUUCUUUAGUGUUGUGUUAUCUUGCAAGAGCCGAUACUUCGACUUCUUCCCGAUAUGGAUAGUUCUGUUGCUAGGAUACACUGGGAUCAUCAUGGCUAUGGUUCUACUUCUCGCUAUUCGAACCAGAAAAAUCCAAUUGGAGAGUUUCAAGGACACAAAAACAGUGAACGUGUUUGUCUACACUACAGUGGUGUGUUUCAUGUUCCUGAUGGUGGUGUCACUGAUAUUUGAGGGAGUUGGAGACCAAGUGGUGACAUUUGUGUUCCGUGUUUUGGCCUUGAGCAGCGUCGCCAUUGCUUGUACGUGUUUCUUGUUCUUGCCUAAGAUCUACUCUGCUCAGUGCCUCAGAAGAAACCCUCGCAGAAAGUCAGUAACUACUCAGAACAGUGCAUCUUUUGUUGCAUCCAAUGCAUACAUGACUACUUCAUUUUAAUGCAUGUUUUUACUGUGUCAUCCUUUUUCCAUUUUCAAUUUCUCUGUAAGUUAAUUUGUGUGCACUUCAGAAAGAAAAGAAAUUUAUGUUAACAGGUAAACAUGUUUACCACUA